GAGGGCGCAAGCCCGCCGCCGCCGCCGCCGCCGCCGCCGCCGCCGCCGGGCUGGGUCCGCUGUGCGCCCGCGGCGUGAGGCGUGGGGGGGAGCGCCGCCCGUCCGUUCGCGGCGCCGCCUCGCAGCGGUCUGCCCUCGCCUCCCGGCGCACGGCGCGGUCCGAGUUCUCGGAGGACUAUGGAAAGAGGAAAGAGAAGCUAGGAGCAUUUCCUUUAAACUGAUGUUUGAUUUCUUCACAGAGUUAUCGUGGCCUUCGGAACUAUUGCGGACGCAGGAGAAGAUUCUGUAACUGAGAGGCAUUCUUCAAGCUGCUGGAAAAUAUUACAGAAGGAGCACCUCCCAAAUUUUGCUUCAAUUUCUGAGAAAAGGAGCACACAGGGGAAACUUAGUGUGGCUGUGGAUCGAAGCGAACGCUGUGGGAGCGAUGAACGGGGACUUGGUGCGCGGACGCCUGGUCUGAUCUUGAGAGACCUGAGUUUAUGUUGCUGGAACUGGCGGGCCAAGGGGCCCUGAGACCAGCAGGUGCCGUCUGUAUGGAGAAGAGCGGCUGUAGUCCAUUUCCAAUGUGUUGGGCUAAAGAGUAUGACAGAUACAUAGCAUCUAGCAAAAUAAUGGCAGCUGCUUACCUUGACCCAAACUUGAAUCACACACCGAAUUCGAGUACCAAGCCUCAUCUGGGUACUGGAGUGGAACGUUCCCCUGGGGCAAUGGAGCGAGUGUUGAAGGUCUUUCAUUAUUUUGAAAACAGCAGUGAGCCAGCCACUUGGGCCAGUAUUAUCAGGCAUGGAGAUGCUACUGAUGUCAGGGGCAUCAUUCAGAAGAUAGUGGACAGUCACAAAGUAAAGCACGUGGCCUGCUAUGGAUUUCGCCUCAGUCACCUGCGGUCAGAGGAGGUUCACUGGCUCCAUUUGGAUAUGGGUGUCUCCAAUGUGAGGGAGAAGUAUGAACUUGCACACCCACCAGAGGAGUGGAAAUAUGAAUUGAGAAUUCGUUAUUUGCCAAAAGGAUUUCUAAACCAGUUUACUGAAGACAAGCCAACUCUGAAUUUCUUCUAUCAACAGGUGAAGAGCGACUACAUGUCCGAGAUAGCUGACCGCGUGGACCAGGACAUUGCUUUGAAGCUGGGCUGUCUAGAGAUACGGCGCUCGUACUGGGAGAUGCGAGGCAACGCGCUAGAGAAGAAGUCCAACUAUGAAGUGUUAGAAAAAGAUGUUGGUUUGAAGCGAUUUUUUCCUAGGAGUUUACUGGAUUCUGUCAAGGCCAAAACACUAAGAAAGCUGAUCCAACAGACAUUUAGACAGUUUGCCAACCUUAACAGAGAAGAAAGUAUUCUGAAGUUCUUUGAGAUCCUCUCCCCGGUGUACAGAUUUGAUAAAGAAUGCUUCAAGUGUGCUCUGGGUUCAAGCUGGAUUAUUUCGGUGGAACUGGCAAUUGGCCCAGAAGAAGGAAUCAGUUACCUCACGGACAAGGGCUGCAACCCCACACAUCUGGCCGACUUCAAUCAAGUGCAGACCAUUCAGUAUUCGAACAGCGAAGACAAGGACCGGAAAGGGAUGCUACAGCUGAAAAUUGCCGGUGCCCCCGAGCCUCUGACAGUGACAGCGCCAUCCCUAACCAUCGCCGAGAAUAUGGCUGACUUGAUAGAUGGGUACUGCCGGCUGGUGAACGGGGCCACACAGUCUUUUAUCAUCAGACCCCAGAAAGAAGGUGAACGGGCGUUGCCAUCAAUACCAAAGCUGGCCAACAGCGAGAAGCAAGGCAUGCGGACACACGCGGUCUCCGUGUCAGAAACAGAUGAUUAUGCUGAGAUUAUAGACGAAGAAGACACCUACACCAUGCCCUCAACCAGGGAUUAUGAGAUUCAGAGAGAAAGAAUCGAGCUUGGACGGUGCAUUGGGGAAGGCCAGUUUGGAGACGUCCAUCAAGGCAUCUAUAUGAGCCCAGAGAAUCCAGCUUUGGCGGUUGCAAUUAAAACAUGUAAAAACUGUACUUCGGACAGCGUGAGAGAGAAAUUCCUUCAAGAAGCCUUAACAAUGCGUCAGUUUGACCACCCUCACAUUGUGAAGCUGAUUGGUGUCAUCACGGAGAACCCUGUCUGGAUAAUCAUGGAGCUGUGCACGCUGGGAGAGCUGAGGUCAUUUCUGCAAGUGAGGAAGUACAGUUUGGACCUAGCGUCUUUGAUCCUAUAUGCCUAUCAGCUUAGUACAGCUCUCGCGUAUCUGGAGAGCAAAAGAUUUGUGCACAGGGACAUUGCUGCUCGGAAUGUUCUGGUGUCCUCUAAUGAUUGCGUAAAACUAGGAGACUUUGGAUUAUCCCGAUAUAUGGAAGACAGUACUUAUUACAAAGCUUCCAAAGGAAAAUUGCCAAUUAAGUGGAUGGCUCCAGAGUCCAUCAAUUUUCGACGUUUUACCUCAGCUAGUGAUGUAUGGAUGUUUGGUGUAUGUAUGUGGGAGAUACUGAUGCAUGGUGUGAAGCCUUUUCAAGGAGUGAAGAACAAUGAUGUGAUCGGUCGAAUUGAGAAUGGGGAGAGAUUACCAAUGCCUCCAAAUUGCCCUCCUACCCUCUACAGCCUUAUGACGAAAUGCUGGGCCUAUGACCCCAGCAGGCGGCCCCGGUUCACUGAGCUCAAAGCUCAGCUCAGCACAAUCCUGGAGGAGGAGAAGGUUCAGCAAGAAGAACGGAUGAGGAUGGAGUCCAGAAGACAGGUCACAGUGUCCUGGGACUCCGGAGGGUCCGACGAAGCGCCACCCAAGCCCAGCAGACCCGGUUACCCGAGUCCAAGGUCCAGUGAAGGAUUUUAUCCCAGCCCACAGCACAUGGUACAAACCAAUCAUUACCAGGUCUCUGGCUAUCCUGGUUCACAUGGGAUCACGGCCAUGGCUGGCAGCAUCUACCCGGGUCAGGCAACUCUUUUGGACCAGACGGAUUCCUGGAAUCAUAGACCGCAGGAGAUAUCAAUGUGGCAGCCCAACGUGGAGGACUCCGCUGCGCUGGACCUGCGUGGGAUCGGGCAGGUGUUGCCGACCCACCUGAUGGAAGAGCGGCUGAUCCGGCAGCAGCAGGAGAUGGAAGAAGAUCAGCGCUGGCUAGAAAAAGAGGAGAGAUUCCUGAAACCUGACGUGCGGCCCUCUCGAGGCAGUAUGGACAGGGAGGAUGGAAGUCUCCAGGGCCCGACUGGAAACCAACACAUAUAUCAGCCUGUGGGGAAACCAGAUCCUGCAGCCCCGCCAAAGAAACCGCCGCGGCCUGGGGCCCCCGGUCACCUGGGCAGCCUCGCCAGCCUCAGCAGCCCCGGGGACAGCUACAACGAGGGCGUCAAGCUUCAGCCCCAGGAAAUCAGCCCCCCGCCCACUGCCAACCUGGACCGGUCCAACGACAGGGUGUACGAGAAUGUGACGGGCCUGGUGAAGGCUGUCAUCGAGAUGUCCAGCAAGAUCCAGCCAGCCCCGCCAGAGGAGUACGUUCCCAUGGUGAAGGAAGUCGGCCUGGCCCUGCGGACGUUACUGGCCACUGUGGACGAGACCCUCCCGGUCCUGCCAGCCAGCACUCACCGAGAGAUUGAGAUGGCCCAGAAGCUGUUGAACUCCGACCUGGGUGAGCUCAUCAACAAGAUGAAACUGGCCCAGCAGUACGUCAUGACCAGUCUCCAGCAGGAGUACAAAAAGCAAAUGCUGACCGCGGCUCACGCCCUGGCCGUGGAUGCCAAAAACUUACUCGACGUCAUUGACCAAGCGAGACUGCGGAUGCUCGGACCGACGAGGCCGCAUUGAGGGGCGCUCUCUGAGGACGUUCUCCCGUGUUCCACCAGCAGUGAGGGGCUCCGCGGUCCUCGGCCGCCGGCACUCACCGUGCCAACGGUUCUGACUGACAGCUGGUUGAAAAUCUCUUUCAUAUAAGUUUAACCACAUUUGAUUUGAGUUCGUUUUUUUGUGUUGUUGUUUUUUUUUUUUUAAUGAUAGUGUUCAGAAAAGUCCAGGAUCCAAAAUGUGGCAUUUUUUGAGAAUGAAAAUUGUUCGUGAGAAGCCUUUAAGAAUCCCGAAGAACAGAUCAUGUUCAUGUUAGGGUGUGUUUCAGUGGAAAUGGCCAAGGCGGUGGCGUGCGGAUCCUGAACCAGCUUGGCUGCAUGUUGGGAGACAGGGAGACGAGGCGGAGAAUUCCGGGAAACCCGAGGGGCUGAGAAUUCUUUGGCGUGCCGCAGAGCCGUGGCCCAGACUGGAGUCCCUGUUGUGAGAACACUCUUGAGUUGCAAUAUGCUGACACCACUUUAGGAGAAAGAAUAUCAGAGCUAUAUUUUGAAGACUUGAGUCCUUUCAGAAAAACACAACAACCCUUUGUCUUUCCUGCCUUUUACUUUCCUGUUGGAUAUGUGAAGAUCUGGUUGGAAGCUAGCUGUAGAACACACUAAAAACUUUGUCUUUUCUCACCAGAAUAAUGUGCCAGUUUUUUGUACCAAUGUUAUUUCUCCUGGAAGCAGAAAUGCUUUGCACCAGAGCACCUCCAAACUGCAUUGGGGAGAGGUUCUGGAACCAUCCCUGUUUUCCAGUUUUAUAUAAUUUAUAAAGAAAGAGUAAAGCCAUGUUGACUAUCUUGCAGCCACUGGGGCUAACUAACCCUUCGUUGUGUCUGUCUUCCCAGGAGACAGUUAAGCAAAGCAGAGGGAUUGGGUUUUCUUUCUGAUGUCCAGUUACACCAUCCAUUCUGUUAAAUAAUUUUGAAAAAUAUACCCUCCCUUUAGUUUGUCGGGGGAUAUAAAUUAUUCUCAGGAAGAAUAUAAUGAACUGUACAGUUACUUUGACCUAUUAAAAAGGUGUUACCAGUAAA